AUGUCUCUCCGCACAUUAACAAGGACGCCGCUGAGCAGCGUCUCACGGAUAAGCACGAUAAAUACCAUGCCAUUGCGCGCCAAGGUCACAAAUCCCGCCUGGAUGAGCGGGUCGAGAAAGUAUGCCACACCCACCGCAGACCUCCUGAAAGCGCAGCAAGACGACGACCCCGACGAUGUCAUCUUCACCAACAACUACGGCGUCCGCAGCAUCGAGCUCAACCGACCGAAGAAGCUGAACUCGCUCAAUGGCUCCAUGGCCCGCAAGAUCAUACCGAGGUUGCAGGAAUGGGCAAAGUCAGAACUGGCAGGUGUCGUCAUCAUCAAGGGCAACGGUCGCGCCUUCUGCGCCGGAGGAGAUGUCGCAGCACUGGCAAAGUGGAAUAAGGAAGGGCCCCAGGGACAGCAAAGCAGUUCAGACUACUUUGGGCUGGAAUACAAGCUGGAUCACCUCAUCGCAACCUACUCGAAACCCUACGUCGCUUUCAUGGACGGUAUCACAAUGGGUGGUGGUGUUGGACUUUCGAUACACGCUCCCUUCCGAAUCGCAACCGAGAACACCCUCUUCGCUAUGCCCGAGACGACCAUCGGCUUCUUCCCAGACGUUGGCGCGUCCUUUUUCCUGCCUCGCAUGGAAGGCGCUCUCGGCACCUACCUCGCCCUUACAUCCGAACAACUCAAGGGCGUCGAUGCCUUCUACCACGGCAUCGCGACCCACUACAUCCACUCCUCCACGCUCCAGCAACUCGAGGCGCGUCUUGCCGAACUACAAUUCCCCGACUACAUGAAGCUCGACGAGCGCUUCAAGAUCAUCAACUCUACAAUCGAGGAGUUCAGCACUGGACUACCCGCCGAGCGACCGCACAUCUCCGGUGAACUUCGCAAGGUUAUCGACACCGUCUUCCACGAGGACAUGCCUAGCAUCCAGAACAUUUUGGCAUCGCUUGAGGACGUCAAGAAGGGGCACAAAGAUUCAGAGAUCCAGACAUGGGCCGACAAGACUAUCCAGACCAUCCACAGCCGGUCACCCACCUCCGUCGCCGUAGCCCUCCGUCAGAUGCGCGUCGGCCGCCAAUGGUCCAUGGCGCAAACCUUCCAAAAGGAAUACGACAUCGCCUCUCGCUUCAUGGCCCACCCCGAUUUUGUCGAGGGCGUAACCGCGCGCCUUGUAGAGCGCAAGAAGGAGCGACCAAACUGGAAACCCAACACCCUCGAUGACGUCAAGAACCGCGACGUUGAUGCUUUCUUCCGAGACAGUAGCGAAGGACCAUUACCUCUGAUUAGCGACAAGGACUACCGAGAGUACCCGCACGCGUGGAUCGGGCUACCCCGCGAGUCAGAGAUUUUGAGAGAAGCUGGUGGUAACAAGAGGGAGGAUGUUGUUGCUAAGCUUUUGGAGAAGUAUGAGGGCAAGCAGGGAGUCCGGGAAAAGAUUGCGGAAGUACUGGAGAGAUAUGAAUAG